AUGGUCAAAAUUGCCAUCGCCGGCGGGUCGAGCGGAGUUGGUCAGGAGAUUGCAGAUGCCCUUGCGGCCACCAAGAAGCAUGAAAUACUUCUUCUUACUCGCCAGUUCCCCGACGGCACUGAACCCGCCCAAGAUGGCGUGACUUGGGUCCAUGCCGACUACCACGACGUCUCACAGCUCACUUCCCUCCUCAAAGGCGUCCAUACCGUCCUUUCGUUUGUCAUCUCAGCGACCGGCAUGACAGGUGGCACUCCGAAGAGUGACGAGCAGCGGAACCUCGUCGAUGCUUCCAUCCAGGCUGGAGUCAAACGCUUUGCUCCCAGCGAGUGGCUUGGUUGGAACCUCGACCCCGUGCCUUGGUAUCAGUACAAGAAGGCUAUGCGGGAAUACCUCAAGGAGGUGAACAAGGACAAAAAAGUUAUCGAGUACUGCCUUUUCCAGCCCGGCAUCUUCACCAACUACCUCGUCUAUCCACACCAGACUAGCAAGCAUGUCAAGGCGUUUGAGAUGAAUCUAGACUUUCACAACCGUCGGAUCAUCAUCGCCGAGGGAAGUGAGAACGCUCGCUUGACCAUGACUACCGUACGCGACCUCGCCACGGUUAUGACCCUUGCGGUCGAGUAUGUGGGAGAGUGGCCGGUCGUUGGUGGUAUCCGUGGCGAGGAUAUUACCUUGGGAGAGCUGCUUGCUCUCGGAGAGCGUAUUUACGGCAAGUCCGAUUUCCUCUCACUUCAAUUGACUUGUCCAUUCCAUGUGGACAAGCUCGAUACGAAGGACCUGGAGGCAGGAAUUCUCAAAACUUCGUGGAGACCUUUGCCAGACCAUCCCUCGGUCCCCAAGGAUAUGACCGAUGCUGAGAAAGACUUUACCGUCACACGGUUUGCCAUGGCCAUCAAGGCCGAAGUGUUUGCAGCAUCGGAUGAGUGGAACAAGCUGUUGCCCAAUUACAAAUUCACCAAGGUGGAGGAGUUUAUAAGGGGUGUCUUGGACAGUCAGGAAUGA